CUCGUGAGCUCAUAAUCGACAUUAAUUUUUCAUUAAUUUUAAAAAAAUAUGAAUUUCUCAAUAAAGUCUAUUCUGAACGCAAUGGCUGUAUUCGGGUUCGCACUUGGUGCUAUUGCUCACCCAAGACCCGUUCGCUCCGCUGCUGCGGACAACCCCUGUAAUCUGGUGCUGACUGAAGACCCUGUAGAGCCUUCCGACUACAAGAGCAGACUUGCUGACAUACAGACCAGAUCUGAGGGUAUCGAGCUUGACGCUCAGGGCAUUAAGACACAGCUUAAAGAAUCUGGAAAAGUGCAUUCAUUUACUGCAAGGAUUUUGGAUAGAAAAGCUUUUCUGGAUUCAGAGAGAGUAACCGUUUCGCAGGAUAAAACAUCAGCAGCUAUAAAUAAUCAGGUUGAGGCUUUACAAUCCCACUACGAAUUCCUUUUCGAGUACAUCGUCCAUAUCCAGGACAUUAAGGUCGCCGACAGUCUGAGCACGAACAUCGACGUCGCCAAUGAUGAACUGCUAAAAGCCCUUGACAGUCUUGAGAACAAGCUUCAAAGCACAGCCUGCAGUGUCGUACUCGCACUAAGAGCCAAAGGAAGUGAUAUGCCCGAAUACGAGCCGACACUGUUAGAAAAUUAUACUUCAUCUUCCUAUCCCGCCGUUUACAACGCUUACAUUCUGGCCAACGACGGUGUCAAACUGAGCGCUUACCUCAAACAAAUGUAUGGUGAAAUUUCAAAUGCAAAUUAGGAUUAGUUUGGCAGUGAUAUUUUAAGGUUGAAGUUUAAAGAAGAUCUUUUGCAUGACGUUUUUAUUAUAUGGUAUUCUUUUUGAGUGUGCCAAACGAAAUGCAGAGCCUUAUAGAAAUACUAUUAAAAUGGACGCUCCAUAUGCCGCUUCUAUUGCCAAUAUAGUACAUGUUUUAAUUUUUUUUAUUUAUGUAUUUAUUUAUCUAUUUAUUGCCAGUGUCUUUCAAUGCAAUUUUAUACAUUUUACAAGUGUACGUAUUUACAUGUUGUUGAAUAUUGUUGAUGUUUUUCUGCUAUACUUUUUAUACUCUUACCUUCAUCGGAAGACUAUUUGCAAUACACAUAGGGUACCAAUCUGAUUGUCCUCUUUGGCAAUUUUAUUUUCGCUGUUUGUCUCUUGUUAGGGCAUCUUUAUAAUUGCAUAAACGCUGAUACUGAAAAUCUCAUAAGUAUAGCUAACACUUUUAGGUGAAACAGUUUUAUCGAAUAAACUUGCGCAAAUAAUUUGCUCAGGAAUUGCUUAUUUUCUUUUUAUCUUUUUCAUUUCCAAGAUCUGUUUUUACACACGUUUACAUUAUACUCUUUCUCUAUUACUUAUUGUUUUACUAGAUUAAAUGUUGAUGUUUGAAUGUAUUUAACUGUGUGAGUGUAUUUAUUUGUGUAACUGUUGUUGUCUAAACCAUCUUUAAACAAAUGUGAUAUGCUAUACUUUCAAACACAUAAUCCUUUUUAUGUUAACGUUUUUACAUUCAUUUACAUGUUGUAUGUUUUACGUUUAAGCUCAA